GAUGUAAGGGUUUGGGCUGUAUUCUCGCCGCUGCUGUACAUUUCCAGCCGGAGACAGUUCGGAUCUGCAAAUCCAGUUGUCGAGGUUGAGUUUGACUUGGGAUUUUCGUUAUCUACUGAGGAAAAGCUAUCAAAUUUGAAGCAGAGAUUACGAUUUCUAAACCAAACCUGUGUUUAUAGUGAAGAACAAGUUUCAAUUGUGAUAUGCAGAUCACACGGCCCCCGAGUUCGAUUGCUUCGAUCACUCCUCGAACCUCGACUCCAGUUUUAUCGCUAUCCUCAAAUCCUCGCCGCAUUUUCAAUCUCACUUCAUUUCAGAACUCAAACCACGCUUUCAAGAUAUCACAUAAAUCUCAGUCUGGUUUCAGCAAUCCUGUUUUGGCUGCCAUGAGAAGCGAAGAUGGUGCUGAAGUCGAUGAUGCGUUUUAUAUGAGGAAGUCUGUGGAACUAGCCAAGAGAGCAAUUGGGUGUACUAGUCCUAAUCCCAUGGUCGGUUGUGUCAUAGUCAAAGACGGAGAGAUUGUUGGUGAAGGGUUUCAUCCCAAAGCUGGUCAGCCUCAUGCUGAGGUGUUUGCUCUUCGAGAUGCUGGAGACUUAGCGGAGAAUGCAACUGCUUAUGUUAGUUUGGAACCAUGUAAUCAUUACGGAAGAACACCGCCGUGCACAGAAGCAUUGAUUAAGGCUAAGGUUAAAAGAGUUGUGAUUGGGAUGGUUGAUCCCAAUCCAAUCGUUUUCUCGUCAGGUAUCAGUCGUUUGAAAGAUGCUGGGAUUGAUGUCACUGUGGGUGUUGAAGAAGAGUUAUGCAAGAAGAUGAAUGAGGGAUUCACUCAUCGAAUGUUAACAGGAAAGCCUCUUCUCGCCCUCAGGUAUUCUAUAUCUGUCAAUGGUUGUUUUGUGGACAAGAUUGGGGAAGGGGCUUUGGAUACUGGUGGUUACUACUCAAAGCUAUUACAGGAAUAUGACGCUAUAAUACUUUCUUCCUCGUUUUUUGAUAAGCUCCCGAGCAUUUCCUCAAAAGAAGAUACUAAUGUUUCGAUCCAACCUAUUCAAAUCAUAGUAGCUAGCAACGCACAGCAGUCUCCUAUCGUUGCUUCUUCCAAUACUGUGGAAGAAUCUGGUCCAAAAGUUGUGCUGUUCACCGCAAAGGAAUUGGUUGCAGAAUCUGAAACCAGUAGUAGCGGGGUUGAAACCGUGGUAUUGGAAAAGAUAAACUUGGAUUCCAUUCUGGAUUACUGUUAUCAGCGUGGACUAUGCAAUGUCUUGUUAGAUUUAAGGGGGAACAUCAAAGACCUCGAAGUGCUUCUGAGAGAUGGAUUGGAGCAGAAACUGUUGCAGAAAGUAGUGAUUGAGGUUUUACCUGAAUGGAACACAAAAGAUGAGAGACAGGUCGCAUCAAUGGAGUGGUUAGAAUCAAAACAUUUGAAAGAUUUACAGUGUAAGCAAUCAGGUGGAAGCGUUUUGCUAGAGGGGUAUUUUUGAUGUUUUAAUGUAUGAAAUGCAAGUCAUGCAUGAUGCUAUUUCCUUUUAUUUAUUUAAAGCAUUCUAUUAGUAUCGCCUAAUUAAAGUAUUUUAGUAGAGGUUUCAAAUUUCCAAAAUGAAACAUUUUCACA